GUAGAGUGUGUGUGCGUGUUCAUAUGGGUUGGUGUAUGUGUAUUGUGAGUCUGUGUUUGUACUAUGUUUAAUUUAAAAAAGAGAAUACUGCUUUCUAUAGGUAAAACACAGAGGUGGAAUACCAAAUCCUCUGCCUGAUUGUGUACCAGCUGUGUAUGACGCCAUCGAAUCAGUCUUCCAAAAAACAAUCGACCACAGCCUUACCUGGUGCUGGUGAGGUGAGCAGAGCUAUCCCAAUUCCAAUUCCAAUUCACAAUUCCCAAAGUGGAGGAGAAGAUGGUGGCGCCAUCGCCCGACGCCGGGAAGCCGCUGGUGAUCCUGCUGCGGCCGCUCUACCCGGAGUUCGCUGCCGCGCUGGACGGCCGCUUCCGCUUCGUGCUUGCCGCCGACGCCGACGAGGGCAACGCAGCAGAGGCGAGGGCCGUGCUCGUGCCGGCUCUGACGCCUGUGUCCGCAGAUCUCGUGGCUAGGCUCCCCAAGCUGGAGAUCGUGGUGGCCACGUCCACCGGCGUUGACCACAUCGACCUCGACGCGUGCCGCCGCCGCGGGAUCAGCGUCACCAACGCCGGCGAGGUGUUUGCCCCCGACGUGGCGGACUACGCGGUCGGGCUCGUCGUCGCCGUGCUUCGCCGCGUGGCCGCCGCCGAGGCCUACCUCCGGCGAGGCAGGUGGGCGGCGGACGGUGACUACCCUCUCGCGACCAAGGUGAGCGGCAAGCGGGUGGGGAUCGUGGGGCUGGGAAGCAUCGGCGGCCUGGUGGCGCGGCGGCUGGCGGCGUUCGGCUGCGUGAUCGCCUACAACUCGAGGUCACCGAAGGCGUCGGCGCCGUACAAGUUUUACCCCAGCGUGCGGGAGCUCGCCGCGGAGAGCGACGUGCUGGUGCUGAGCUGCGCGCUGACGGAGGAGACGCGGCGCAUGGUGGGCCGGGAGGUGAUGGAGGCGCUGGGGAAGGGCGGCGUGCUGGUGAACGUGGGGCGCGGCGGGCUGGUGGACGAGGCCGAGCUGGUGAGGUGCCUGCGGGAAGGGGUGCUCGGCGGCGCCGGGCUGGACGUGUACGAGAACGAGCCGGAGGUGCCGCCGGAGCUGUGGGGGAUGGACAACGUCGUGCUGUCGGACCACCGCGCGGUGAUCACGCCGGAGUCCAUCCAAGGCGUCGUCGACGUCGUCAAGGCCAACCUUGACGCCUUCUUCUCCGGGAAGCCUCUCGUCAGCCAAGUGCAGCUCUGAACGUACUACAAACAAGUACACUCAGUUUCUGAACCUCAACCUGCAUUCUCAACCUGAAAAAUAACAAGGGACAAGUUGUUGCUUAUUCAUGUUUGUAUGUAUGCAUAUGCUGCGAUUUCGAUCUGAGCCAAUCAUACAUAAAUUGGGAGGAUAAUCUGAGAUGAUUACACAUUGUUGUGUUCACUGAUUUGCAAGCAGCCCUGUAUCUUGUUGUUGUAACACACAUCAGAGUAAACUCAAUCAAUACUCCAUUCUUGUGGAGUAUUAUUCAAUGUCUUAAUUUUCUUUAGGUAA